GGGACAGCCUCUCACACAUCAUCUCUAUUGCCGCAGCAAUUGGGAAACUAACUCACCUGCAACCUCCCCAACCAAAUAACCCACAACGGUUUGACUACUGCCAACUGACAUGGAGACCCAGAACAGACAAGGACACCCCUCACGUUGCCACACCUGCUGGAGGACGGAGGUCAGCCGACCGAAGGUCAAGAAGAUGACUUCGUCCAGUCGCGCGUUGGUGUUGGCGCUGGCCAUGGCGCUCUCCGUUGUGGAAAUAACCUCGGCAGAGACGCUGUGUGGGGGAGAGCUGGUGGAUGCGCUGCAGUUUGUCUGUGAAGACAGAGGCUUCUAUUUCAGUAGGCCAACCAGCAGGGGUAGCAACCGGCGCAACCAGAACCGUGGGAUCGUAGAGGAGUGUUGUUUCCGUAGCUGUGACCUCAACCUACUUGAGCAGUACUGUGCCAAACCCGCCAAGUCCGAAAGGGACGUGUCGGCCACCUCUCUGCAGGUCAUACCCAUGAUGCCCGCACUAAAACAGGAAGUCCCAAGGAAGCAGCAUGGGACCAUGAAGUAUUCCAAAUACGAGGUGUGGCAGAGGAAGGCGGCCCAGCGGCUCCGGAGGGGUGUCCCCGCCAUCCUGAGGGCCAAAAAGUUCCGAAGGCAGGCAGAGAAGAUCAAAGCCCAGGAGCAGGCAGUCUUCCACAGGCCCCUCAUCAGCCUGCCCAGCAAACUGCCUCCUGUCUUGCUCGCCACGGACAACUAUGUCAACCACAAAUGAGCCCGCUGCCAGCCCUUUGCACAGACAAGAGUUUGAAGGGAGAAAAAAAGACUAGGAGAUUAAAGCUUUGUCUCUGACGUCAUUUCUGUGGCAGUCCUCUUUGCCCUGUCCGAGCCCACCAAUCCCUCCCCCCGCUCUCAUCCACUACUUCUUGACCCCGUGGCCCUUCUCUAAUGCCCCUUUCAACCCCACCUACCCACCCUCCUCAGGCACACAAACAUGCCUUCACAUUCUUCCUGUCUGAAUUCUUUCGCUCCCUCUCUCUUUCAGUCACUGACACAAAAGGCACAAACACAAGCGAUGAAAAAAAAGUUAACAAUUCGGCUGAAUGCAAUUCAGGUGGAUCCUAAGCAAAAGAGAAAAGGGAAGGGAGAAAAGAAGAUGAAAGAGAUCUGUGGUUUGCAAGUGUCAAGAGGACACCCAGCGGAAUGUUUUUUUGUCCUUGUGGAAGACAACUGAAAGUGAAGAGCAGCUUGCAUGAAAGAAUCCAUUCCACAUCAUUUUUCCUGAGGCAAAAAGAAAAUCUCUGUUAGUUCUUCUUCUUAUUAGUUUGCACCUCUACCUAUAAAGGGACUUCCACACUGUAAGGAAUUAUUUUGUAAAAUUAGAUUCCUGUUCCAGCACCUUUUGAUCACAAACAAAAAGCAGAAAAGAGUCUGCAAAAUUGCACAUUGCCACGGAUUACGUCAAAGUAAAGAAAAAAAUGGCACUAUUUUUUUAUGAACAAUGAACGUGUAGCUUAAAAAAAUGUCAUGGUGCUAGCUUUGGGAAUGGACUCAAAGAAGAGGUUGAAAAGCACGUUUUUUUUCUUUGAAUGAAUAUUAAAACUUUCCGUUUUAAGGAAAGUGUGACUUUUGAAAAAGGAAGAUAACGGAUAUGGGGGCGCUCCUGGCAGUGGCAAUGUCAAGGGGGAAGUGUCACUGAGAGAAGACACGGGCUGUGUCGGCGUCUAGGCUCACAGCAAGUGCUAGCGGCUGCUCGUCAGUGCCUUGCCAGCAUAAAGCGGCAAGGGGGACCGGAGACCCAGUCCCUGCUCCUCCUGUCCCUGCCAGACACAGGGACCAGUGUGAGGACACAUGGGACACAGCGGACCGCCUGGAUUGAGACAGUACUACAGUUCUGGGACAGUACUUCCUGUUUGCCAUGGCUUUGCAGACUGCUCUGACAGGAAGUAACAUGGCAUGGACAAAGAGCAAGUGGGAUAAUGAUUAUAUUUUAUUUUGUCUUUUUUCUUUUCAUAUCAAUGUUUUAAUGGAAAAAAGGAAAACCCUGUCAGUUUCUGGUACCGUGACAUUCCUGUUUUACCAAGUUAGGCUUUUAUUUUUGUUUUCCAGGGUUGUUGUUAUGAUGUUAUUUUACAGUUCUAAAGAAAAACACAAAAUUUAAAUUCAAAGGGAAAAAAACAGCAAUAAUGUCAACUAACAUUUUAUUUUUAUUGUAUAUCAGUAGUAUUCACAUGCAUUUGCCUGAAAACAAAUACUUGAAUAUAUAUAUACAUCUAUAUAUAUAUCUAUAUCUAUAUAUAUGUGUAUAUAUAUUUGUAUAUAUAUAUAUACAUAUAGAUAUAUAAUUAGUUUCCAGGGACGUUGUGUUAUUUUCCUUUAGUCUGAGCUGUAUCUUGCGUAAUGAGCCGCCAAGCUUUUUUGUUUGUUUGUUGAAAUACAAAUAAGGGCACUGUAUAAAGGCAUUAUUUAUUUUGUUAUAAAAUAUAUUUGAAAAAUUGGUCCAAAUAAUAUACGUAGCACUGAUGCUCAAAUGACGGAUUUAUUUUGUAUGAUCUCUGUUUUCCAAUUGGAGUUGUAAGGCUUUUUUGUAGAUGCUUUGUACCAAAAAUAAUGUCUUUUUUUCUCCUCCUUUUUUGUUUGCCAUAGUUACUUUAAAUUAAUAUUUUAACAGCAGCAUAGCCUGGAUUGCUUAGGCAUGUUAUGUCACAGAAAUAGGCACAUACUCUGAAUACGUUGGUCUGCAUGGAUUUCCAGAAGCCUGUCAGGGGUUUCUGGGAAAAGGAUAGCAUCAAUGAGUGACUUUAUUAUUGGAAAAAUAACUGUUCAACAUUGAUUGUACUCAAACCCACUAUGUUUUGAAGCCACUUUAGUAUUGAUGGCAGGGUAAUGAUCAGUCCUUCAUUAAAUCAUGUCUUUGUAAUUGUG